UCUAACGAUGAACACGUACCUUUGGACGGCUGCACUUUUGGCUUGCUUUUCGGCACUCGGUGGACUCGGACAUGAAUUACACCUGGUUGAUCUGUGCCGGAAAAACAUUACGGACGCCAAUCUGGAAGAUGAGCUUGGCAAGCUUUCCACGGACACACUUGUUCUCGAACUGUGCAAAAAUCAGCUAGAAAAUUUGGAUCCAGAUUUGUUCAGGCGAUUCGAUCGAUUGGAUAAACUAGUAUUUGACGGCAAUCCGGACUUGGGAUUUCCUCCGGAUGGAUCGCCAUUUCUUGUGGUUAAGUCCCUGACAGAACUGCAGUGCGUGAAUUGUGGUGUUGAGAAAAUUUUCAACAGAUCUCUGCAAGAUUUGCCCAAGAUCGAGCGGAUCAAUUUAACCAAUAAUCGGAUCACGGAUAUCGAAAAACUUGCUUUUCGGGAAAACAGUGAACUCCAACUGAUAGAUCUUAAGCAGAAUAUGUUAGAACGGCUGCCCAACGAACUGAUAGAGGGAUUAAGAAAGCUUGAACAGCUGGACCUCAGUUUCAACCAAAAACUCAACGUCCAUGGAGAUCAACCGUUUCUCUAUAGUAGCACCUUGAAAGAGCUGAAAUGUGAGGGUUGUGGAUUCACCGUAAUCUAUGAACAAACGUUUGCCAAAUUACCAAAUCUUCGAGAGUUGAUUCUUAGAGGGAACGUCAUCGUAUCGGUACAGAGCAAUGCCUUUCAACCUAUGAACAAUCUCGAAAAGCUAUGGUUACAGAACAACCAACUCGUAAGCGUUUAUGCCGAACUGCUGGACAAGAAUCAGCUUCAGUUAUGCCUCAAUAACAACACCGAUCAGUUGUUGUGUGAAAUACAAAAAAUCGAAUCCUGGCAAAAAUUUCAAUGUCAAAACGAAUCACAAACAGAAGUAGAUUGCGCCCAAUUCACCGAACCACCAACUGAGCCAACAACUCAUCAAACCGAAAUUUCCGUCUUCAGCUCAGAUGAGACCUCAACAACGACAACGACAACAACAGUCACCACAACAACCACCCAAGUUACGACCACAACAACCCGAAAUCCCCCCGCAGAACCCAUGGGCAUAUCGGACUGGUACAUCAGCAGCUACCUGACCAUCAUAAUUCUCACCCAAAUCGGGGCCCUGGUCAUUCUGGUGGGCGUUUGGCUCAAGAUGAAAAAGUACGACUCGGAUCCGGAGCUGGACAGUCUGGCCGGAACCGUGCUGAAUCCAAGCUCAAUCUACAAACCGCUGUACUGAGGCGCGAUGCGUCACCCGGCCAGAUAAGCUUCCGAGAAGCCAUCGAGAUAAGGAGGAGGGACUGUUUAUAAAUACUUAGCAUUGAUCUGAAAUGGAAGCGCACGUUGGCUUGUUGAUAUUGAAACCGAGUGAUAUCCAAUGCUUAGCCAUACACAAGCUUCGGUGGCAGUGUGGAUUAUCUGAAAAACUUAAAUUCUGCCUAAAUUGAACUUUAAGACUUAGAUUAACUCAUAACUUAUGAGUCACAGACAAAAUUUUAAAUACCUCAAGCCGUAAUAACAAUUUCAAUCUUAGUGAAGUUUAGCCCAAAGUUAGCAAAAAUGAAUAUUAGUUUUAGUCCAAAAUUUAAAAUUUAAAAUUUUGUCAACUAAAUUUCAGCAGUAUUCGAGUUAAGAAUUUAGUCAAGUAAGCAUUUCUUUCUAUAGAACAAAUAAACCAAAAAUCAUAUGA